UGAUACGUCAGUGUUUAACGGACAGCUUGUUCAAUCUCACGAUAUCCCAAGGACAUCGUCGUUGUGCAAAGGUCAUCAGCGACAGACCUUCACUAUUGGAGCAUCUACCUUCAAUUGACCACCGUCAGCGCAGAGUGGGCAUUGUUUACGGAUCCGUAGGAGGUUGUCUUGAGUCGAUUCGUCAAACUUCCCUUGGAAACCUACGCGGGUCCAAAUUGCUGGUCAACCGACGCAAAGAUGGAAGAAGCAAAACAGCGGAAACCGAGGGGAACGUCGGUCAAGGCGGAUGGCCAACAACAACAGCAACAACAACAACAACAGAGAGCUCGGGUACCAUUCCGGAGCUUCUCUCUCAUGUAUGGAUACCUAACACUGGGUCUGGCCCUGUGCAUGUGCGUUUAUUUUUUUGGCAACCCCACCCUCGAGCUCCUCCGUGGGUGCCCCUCUUGUCCGACUCUCCUCCCGCAACAAAUUCCUCAACCUCCUCUCUCUCUCUCCACACAACUUCCUCAACACCAGCCGAUUCUCGAACCACCUGCAAAAGCUCAACAACCCGUCACCAUGUCGACCACCGAGCGGACCUUCAUUGCUAUCAAGCCCGAUGGCGUCCAGCGUGGCCUCGUUGGCAACAUCAUCAGCCGCUUCGAGGCUCGGGGCUUCAAGCUCGUCGCUCUGAAGCUCGUCAAGCCCGGCAAGGAGCACCUCGAGAAGCACUAUGCCGACCUGUCGUCUAAGCCCUUCUUCGCCGGCCUCGUCGAGUACAUGAACAGCGGCCCCAUCGUCGCUAUGGUCUGGGAGGGUCUUGAUGCCGUCAAGACCGGCCGCGCCAUGCUCGGUGCCACCAACCCCCUCGCCUCUGCCCCGGGCACCAUCCGCGGCGACUUCUCUCUCCAGACCGGCCGCAACGUCUGCCACGGAUCUGACAGCGUGGAGAACGCCGAGAAGGAAAUCGCUCUGUGGUUCAACAAGGAGGACCUCAUCAGCUGGGAGUCUGCCCAGAAGGCUUGGAUCUACGAGUAAAUCCAUACUGAUCCAAAAAAUUGAUAACAACAAUGAACGGCAUAGUGGGUCGAGUCUGCUGUUAGGGCGCCGGGACUUGCGCAGGACGAGUCAUCACACUACAGAGAUCUGACUCUACCUCAAUCCACAACAUGUCCGUAACUACUGGUGGCACCUUGGCAGAUUUUUCAUCGGUGUGUGUGUUUGUGAACGUGGCUGUCUGCUUGAACGGAUCGGGUUCUUCUCUUCACAUGGAUUUUUGACCCUUACUUGCCAAGUAUACCCUGGAGCAUGGGAGUUCUCUAGAGCAGUUUGGUCGAAGCAGUGGUUUCUUCAUCAUCUCUAUUCUCUCUGCCUCUAUAGUUCUCGCCGGGCUGGGCAUUGGGAACUGGAACAAUACUGUAGAGCCGUGGUCGUUCAGUUACAAGAGCACGAACAUCGAUUGAGAGAAGAAAUAAUUAUGUGGGAGGCUCAGUCCUGGACUACUAAUUACAAUAUGAACGCUUGAGUAGAAUUCGACGUACAAAAGUCAUUUCAAACUCGGUCUAUAUCAUAUCCAAAUCAAAG